GGCGGGGAAAAGAUUGACAGUUAUGAAAAUAACCAAACUUGCUUGUCACUUUAGAAGGAAAUAAGAAAAAAAUGAGUAAAGAGUUUAAAUUAAGCGCUACCCUCUACGGGCACUCCCUGGAUGUUCGUUCUGUUAAAGUUACCCCCAAUAAUGACAUUAUAAGUGGUUCAAGGGAUAAAACAGCAAAAUUAUGGAGACCGAAUAGUUUAAACGGAUCGUAUAAUGAAGUGAUGACCUAUAGAGAACAAAAGAAUUUUGUGGGAGCUGUUUUGUACCUAGAUCCUGUGCCUAAUUUUCCUGACGGGCUGAUUGUUACAGGUGGAUAUGAUAACAUUAUUCUUAUUUAUAAACCAUCAGAGCCUUUUGCUACCUAUACACUUAAAGAGCAUACAGGAACAGUCAGUUGUUUAUCAAAAGGCAACGAAACUGGAACUUUCUUUAGUGGUUCAUGGGAUAGUUCGGCUAAAUAUUGGAUUAUAUCAUCAAUUAAUAAAUCCACAGUUACAUUUAAUGGUCACAAUGCUGCCAUUUGGUCAGCCAUACAAAUUAGUGAUGGUAGAGUAUUGACAGCUUCAGCUGAUAAAACUGUAGGAGUUUGGACACCUACAGGACAAAAUAUCAAUUUUUUGAUAGGACAUUCAGAUUGUGUUAGAGGGAUUUUGGAUUUACCAGAGUUGAAUUACUUUAUUAGUGUUUCCAAUGAUGCCUCUAUAAAAGUUUGGUCUUACACAGGGGAAAAUGUUGACACUUAUUAUGGGCACACCAAUUACAUUUAUAGCAUAGCACGUUGCAAAAGUGGCGGCGACAAUUGCUUUGUCACUUCGGACGAAGAUCGCACGGUGCGCUACUGGCAGGACGGGCAAAACACGCAGACGUUCAGUUUGCCUGCGCAGUCGGUGUGGUCGGUGGACUGCAUGACAAACGGCGACGUGGUGACCGGCUCCAGCGACGGGCAGGUCAGGAUUUUCACCCAAAACGAAGACAGAAUGGCCGAGGAGUCGGCGUUGACUAAGUUUAACGAAGAAGUUCUCGCGCUCACUCAACAGAGCACCCAAGAGAUUGGUGGAGUUAAGGUGACGGAUUUGCCAGGCAGAGAGGCCCUCUUUGAUCACGGAAAGAAACCGGGGCAAAUGAAAAUGAUCCGGGAAGGUGGCGGCGUGGUUGCCUACACUUGGGUUGAAGAUGGGGAUAAUAGUCAUUGGGAGAAAGUGGGGGAUGUUUUGGGAGGUACAGACAAAGAUUCUAGCGGCAAAACCGUAUUCGAAGGAAAGUCUUAUGAUUUUGUGUUUAGCGUUGAUGUGGAGGAUGGGAAACCCGCUUUAAAACUUCCAUAUAAUAAAGGUGAAGAUGUUUAUCAAGUAGCUAAUGAGUUUUUGACGAAAAAUAUGCUUCCACCUACAUAUCUUGAACAGAUUGUUGAUUUUAUUUUAACAAACAGUAAGGAUAAGUAUGCCCCACCAACAACAAAUUAUGUGGAUCCUUUCACAGGAGCAAGCAGAUACACUCCACAGGGUGAUUUAAACAACAGAGGAGUAGCUGAUGGGUUUAAUUUGGAUCCUUUUACAGGUGGCAGCAGUUAUACCACUUCUCAAGGUGGUAAUUCGCAAACGAGCUUGGCCAACUCUGGAGCUAAUACUGAUCCCUUUACGGGUGGUUCAAGUUACACUACCGUCACGCAAGCGCAGAACAAAUCGGGAGAAUGCGAACGUUUUUUUCCUCUCAGUGCUUACAGGACUUUUGAUAUAGGCAACCCGCAGAUUGUGUUGAACAAAUUAAAGGAGUUCAAUGAAGAAGCAAAAGGGCACAAUACAUUUUUGGAUGAAAAACAAUUGGAAAGAUUAGUAGACUUGUGUGAUGGCCCACCUGCAGACCCCAAUUCUUUAGAACUUUUAUUUAAACUUUUGGAUUGGCCUGAUGACUACCUUUUCCCAGUUUUGGAUGUUAUCAGACUAGCUGUGAGGCACAAACAAAUUAAUGAAAUAAUAUCAUCAGCAAAUAGGAGUACAUUAAUAGAUAAGCUUAAAUAUUGCAUAAGUGAUAAUUGUAGGGUUGCAAACAAUACAAUAGUUGCCUUAAGAGUUUUAAGCAACUUACUAUGUCACGACCAAGGAGAAAAUUUAAUCUACAAAAACCAUAUGGAUAUAUUGGAAAAUAUAACUUCUUUGGCACAGCAAAAUAAAAACGGACAGGUUGCCUUGUCAACUUUAUUACUAAAUAUGGUGAUUAUGGCAAUAAAGAAAAAUGAUUACAUGGGAAUUUCAAUAUUAGCAGAAGUUAUACCAGAUAUAUCAACCAAAUUAAAUGAUCCAGAAUCGCAAUUCCGGCUGUAUGUAGCCUUGGGUACUUUACUUUUAUCAGAAUAUGGUUCAAAGAAAGAAAUAAAGUUAAAAAUAAGCAGCUCGGAUAAUUUUAUGUCCAUCAUGAAAUCUCAUUCAUCAAUGAGUUCAAAUGAAUUGGAAACAAAAAGAAUGAAGUGUGUCAAGCAAAUACAAGAUAUUCUGUAAUAUUUUUAAUAAGUAAUAUUAAUUUAAGAUUUUGUAAUAUAUAUGAAUCUAAAAGUAAAGUAAUAAAAUAAUUUUCUGUUUGUA